AUGUUCCGUACAGUGUCACAAUUAUAUAAAGAACAAUUGAACAAGUUGAUGAUCACUUUGAGAAACACUAAUCCUAAUUUUGUAAGAUAUCAACUGCGAUGCAAUGGAGUUUUGGAAGGAAUUAGAAUUUGUAGACAGGGUUUCCCCAAUCGUAUUCCAUUCCAAGAGUUCAGACAACGAUAUGAGCUUCUUACAUCAAAUGCCAUACCCAAAGGUUUCAUGGAUGAUUUCAAAAUUUCCGACCUCAUUGUUAACUUCCAAGCUUUCUGCAGAGGGUACUUAGCAAGAAGAAAUUAUCAAAAACGUCUACAACAAUUAAAUGCCAUUCGUAUCAUUCAGCGCAAUUGUUCAGCAUAUCUAAAACUGAGAAACUGGCAAUGGUGGCGAUUGUAUACUAAAGUUAAACCACUUUUAGAAGUUACCAAACAAGAAGAAGUAUUGUCCAUUAAAGAAGAAGAAUUGAAGGUAGUCAAGGAAAAAUUAGAUUCUCAACUGCGUGGUGUUCUUGAUCUUGAGAAGAAAUACCAAACAGCAGUGGAUGAGAAAAAUGCUUUGGCUGAACAACUGCAAGCAGAAGUUGAAUUAUGUGCUGAAGCUGAGGAAAUGAGAGCUAGACUUGCUGCCAGAAAAUUAGAACUAGAAGAAAUACUACACGAUUUAGAAGCUAGAAUUGAAGAAGAAGAAGAGAGAUCUAGUUCCCUAGCUCAAGAUAAAAAGAAGUUACAAAUAAACAUAAAUGAUUUAGAAGAACAAUUAGAAGAAGAAGAGGGUGCUAGACAGAAACUCCAAUUAGAACGUGUACAGACUGACGCCAAACUUAAGAAACUAGAAGAAGAUCUUGCACUUGCUGAAGAUACCAAUGCGAAACAAGUCAAAGAGAAAAAGGUGUUGGAAGAUAGAGCUGCAGAUUUGGCACAAACGUUAGCUGAAGAAGAAGAAAAAGCUAAACAUCUAGCUAAACUAAAAGCAAAACAUGAAGCAUCCAUUGCAGAAUUAGAAGAACGCUUAUUAAAAGAUAAUCAACAAAGACAGGAGAUGGACCGUACUAAGCGUAAAGUUGAGACUGAAGUAAAUGAUUUAAAAGAACAACUAAACGAAAAGAAAGCUCAAGUAGAAGACUUACAAUUACAACUUGGUAAACGAGAAGAAGAAUUGACACAAGCAUUCAUGAGAAUUGACGAAGAAGCUGCUAGUAAAGCACAAUCUCAAAAGGCUCUCAGGGAAUUGGAAUCGCAACUUGGGGAACUCCAAGAAGAUCUUGAAGCUGAACGUACAGCUAGAAGUAAAGCAGAGAAACAAAAACGUGACCUGAAUGAAGAACUUGAAGCUUUAAAACAUGAGCUUUUGGAUUCUUUGGACAUAACUGCAGCACAACAUGAACUUAGAGCUAAACGAGAACAGGAAUUGGCAACCCUUAAGAAAUCAUUAGAAGAAGAUACACAAUCGCACGAAAUCAUUAUUACCGAAAUGCGACACAAACACAGCCAAGAAAUAUCCGUUAUAAAUGAACAGAUAGAAUCCUUGAAAAAAUCUAAAAGUCAAUUGGAAAAAUCCAAGCAAACCCUUGAAGCUGAAAAUGCUGAUCUCGCUGCUGAACUUAAGUCUUCCGUAUCUUCUAAAUCCGAAUUAGAAAGGAAACGUAAAAUUACUGAAUCUCAACUUAGUGAGAUACAAAGUAAAUUUGCUGAAUCUGAACGUUCGAAAAAUGAAUUAAUUGAUAGACUUUCAAAACUAAGCAAUGAAUCUGAAUCCAUUGUCAAUCAGUUGGAAGCGGCUGAACUUAAAGCUUCUGCUGCUGAAAAAUCAGCAGGGACAAUGGAAACUCAGUUGCAAGAAACGCAGGCACUUCUAGAAGAAGAAACCAAAUUUAAGUUGUCAUUGAACUCAAAACUGAAACAAAUUGAAAGCGAAAAAGAAAUUUUACAAGAACAGUUGGAAGAAGAAGAAGAGUCCAAGAAAAAUAUGGAAAAACAAAUUGUUGCUCUUAAUUUACAUAUAACUGAAAUAAGGAAAAAAAUGGAAGAUGAUGCUGAAUCAACUGCUGCAAUGGAAGCUGCUUAUAAGAAAACCUUUAAGGAUGUGGAAUUGUUACAACGACAAAUUGAAGAAUUGCAAGCAACAAAUGAUAAAUUGGAGAAGUCUAAGAAGAAACUUCAAUCAGAACUGGAUGAUAUUAAUAUUGAUUUAGAAGCUCAGCGUUCCAAGGUUAUCGAACUUGAAAAGAAACAAAGAAUCUUUGAUAAAACCCUUGCUGAAGAAAAGGCGGUUUCUGAACAAAUGGCUAUUGAACGUGACACUGCUGAGCGAGAAGCUCGUGAAAAGGAAACACGUGUGCUUUCUUUAACCAGAGAACUUGAUGAAAUGAUGGUGAAAGUUGAAGAAUUGGAAAGAGGAAAGAGAACGCUUCAAAAUGAGUUGGAUGAAUUGAUAAAUAGUCAAGGAACAGCUGACAAAAAUGUUCAUGAAUUGGAAAAAGCUAAAAGAAUAUUAGAAUCACAAUUGGCUGAAAUACGUGUACAGAAUGAAGAUUUGGAAGAUGAACUUCAAAUAACCGAAGAUGCUAAAUUGAGACUUGAAGUGAACAUGCAAGCAUUAAGGGCUCAGUUUGAACGUGAUCUUGUUGCCAAAGAAGAGCAGAGUGAAGAAAAACGAAGAGGACUUUUGAAACAAAUUCGUGACAUUGAAGCUGAACUGGAAGAUGAACGUAAACAAAGAUCUACUGCAAUGGCCGGUCGCAAGAAAAUCGAAGCCGAUUACAAAGAUCUAGAACAACAGUUAGACAUGCACAACAAAUUAAAGGAAGAUGCUUUGAAACAACUUAAAAAAUUACAAGUUCAAUUGAAGGAUGCUACCCGUGACGCUGAAGAGGCUAGAGCUUCUCGCGAUGAGCUUUCAGCAACGUCUAAAGAAACCGAACGUAAAUUGAAAUCCGUUGAAGCCGAAUUACUGUUGUUGACAGAAGAGUUGUCUGCAUCUGAAAGAGCUAGACGUGUUGCAGAAAGUGAACGUGAUGAUCUGCACGAAGAAAUGAAUAGCAAUUCCAACAAAGGCAGUACAUUAAUGGUCGAUGAAAAGCGUCGCCUGGAAGCUAGAAUUUCUACAUUGGAAGAGGAAUUAGAAGAAGAACAGACAAUGUCAGAAGCUUUGAACGAACGAAUUAGAAAGGCUCUAAUUCAGAUUGAACAGAUGAAUUCUGAUUUGGCUAAUGAACGAGCGACAACACAAAAAUUAGAGACAAACAAAAUGUUAUUUGAUAGACAAAACAAAGAACUAAAGGCUAAAUUGGCAGAGAUUGAAACCAAUCAACGAGUAAAAACUAAAACUGCUAUUUCUAAUUUGGAAUCCAAGAUUGCCAAUCUUGACGAACAACUGGAAACUGAAGCCAAGGAAAGACAAUUGCAACAAAAAGCUAACCGUAAAUUAGAGAAGAAAAUGAAAGAAGUUGUGAUGCAAUUAGAAGAUGAGAGAAGAACAAUUGAACAGUACAAGGAACAAGUAGAAAAGAGCAAUGCUAGAGUUAAAUCUCUAAAGAGGCAAAUCGAAGAAGCAGAAGAAGAAAUCAGCAGAGAGAAACACCAGAAACGAAAAAUUCAGCGUGAUCUUGAUGAGCUUUUGGAAUCCAAUGAAUCAAUAUCCCGAGAGAACAAUAAUUUGAGAAGCAAACUCAGGCGAACUGGAGUGACCACGACAUCCAGAAUAGGCGCUACCGGUAGUAAACGAGGCUCAACAAUUGAUGAUUUAUCGACAGUCCACGGAAGUUCUCUAGAUGAUUCGCUGGAGUCGAACAAUGGAUCGAAUGAUGCAAAUUCUCUUGGUCCGUGA